GAUAUUCUUCGUAACUUAAUCUAAUAGGUCUCCCAACGAUAUAUACAAGUGAAUAUUCUCUACUCGAUCAACUUUGUAUCAGUAUAGCACGCUCUUUUCACAUUCAUUUGUCAAGUAUAUCCUCACACUCUUUUAACAACCUACCAAGUUCUCCUUCACAGUCUCUAAACUAAACUAUCUCCAAUCCAAUGAAGUUUUCUAUUUUACCUCUCGUCGUGGCGUUAGCAUCCUCGGCUGUCACUACUGCCGCCGCUAUUUCGUCGUACUCUACCGAAACCAUCCAGCUUUACGUCACCUCUGUCGUCACAUCUACCACGACCAUCACCGUGCAUACUGCUGGUUUCCCACAGACCUUCUCGUUCGGCAACAGCUCUGUUAACGCCAUCUACACUACCGUCACUGACCAGUCCACCACCGUCGUCACCAUUACCUCCUGUUCUGACAACGCCUGUGCGACUACCGCUGUCACCACUGGUGUCACUGUUGUCACCGCCACCGUUGAAGGUGUUGUCACCGAAUACACCACCUACUGCCCAUUGACCGGAGAAUCUACUUCCCCUGUCGCCCAGCAAUCUACUUCUCCUGUCGCCCAGCAAUCUGCUCCUCCUAUCAUCCAGCAAUCUGCUCCUCCUAUCAUCCAGCAAUCUGCUUCUCCUGUCGCCCAGCAAUCCACCGUGGUGGCUACCAUUACUUCCUGUUCUGACAAUGUCUGUUCUACCACCGCUGUUACUACUGGUGCUACGGUUGUUACCACUACUGUCAACAAUGUCGAAACCAUCUACACCACCUACUGUCCAUUGACGGCCGAAUCUACCGCCCCAGCCUCUGGUGACGUUACUCUCACUCACGUUAUCCAGUCUACCGUGGUUGUUACUUUGCCUCAUACCCCUGCUGCUACCACCGGUGUCACUGUGUUGACUACUAGCGUGAACAACCAGGGUACUACUAACACCACUGUCCACCCGUUGACUCCUGCCGUUGUGACCCCAGUUGUCCCGGCCAACAACUUCACCCUGAUCCCACCUGUCUCUACCUUCGAAGGUGCCGCUAACGCUCUUACCGCUGCCGGUUUGACCAAGAUUGUCGGUUUCGUUGGUAUGGCCUUGAUGCUCUUGUAAAAGGAUAACAUCCUUGCUCUUUUGGCUAAUGCUUUUUGUUCCGCAUCGCUGAAGUAAAACUCGUGCUUCUGAGAUUAUUUAAUCUCUAGCAUUUUUAUAUCCUUAUUUUUAUACCCUUAUUAUUUUUAUCCCUUGUUUUUUUCGAUUUUCUCUUAGAUUGAUAUCAGU